ACUCCACUUCAAAAAAAUGGAAGCACUAAAUCUAGUACAUCUCCCACUCAUAUAUGCUCUCUACAUUUUCACAAAACACCUUCUCCACAAGCUCCAAAACCUCCCCCCUUCCCCCCUCCUCUCCUUCCCCCUCCUCGGCCACCUCCCUCUCCUCAAAAAGCCCCUCUACCGCUCCCUCGCCGCCCUCUCCGCCCGCCACGGCCCCGUCAUCCUCCUCCACUUUGGCUCCCGCCGCGUCCUCGUCGUCUCCUCCCCCUCCGCCGCCGAGGACUGCCUCUCCAAAAACGACGUCGUCUUCGCCAACCGCCCCAAACUCCUCGCCGGAAAACACAUCGGCUACGACUACACCUCCCUCGCGUGGACCUCGUACGGAGACCACUGGCGGAACCUCCGCAAGGUCUCCUCCAUCGAGGUCCUGUCCGCCCACCGCCUGCAGCUCCUGCACGGCAUCCGAGCGGACGAGGUCCGGACCAUGGUCCGGGCCUCGUCCCGAGCCUCUGCAGAGCAGAGGCUCGUGGACAUGAAGGCGACUUUUUUUGAAUUGACGAUGAAUGUGAUGAUGAGGAUGAUCGCGGGGAAGAGGUAUUACGGGGAGAACGUGGAGGAGGUGGAGGAGGCGCGGCGGUUCAGGGAGAUCGUGACGGAGACGCUGCGGCUGGCGACGUCGCAUUUGGGGGAUUUUGUGCCGGCGGCGAGGUGGCUGGGGGUGGGAGGGGUGGAGAAGGGGUUGGUGGAGCUGCAGAGGAAGAGGAAUGUGUUUAUGCAGGAGCUGGUGGAGGGGAGGAAGAGGCAGUUUAGGAGCUACGGCGGCGGAGAAGGGGAGGAAGGGAGGAUGAAGACGAUGAUUGAGAUGUUGCUAGCGUUGCAGGAGAAGGAGCCUGAGUAUUACACAGAUGCCAUCAUAAGAAGCCUAAUGCUGGUGAUGCUAAUCGCCGGCACCGACACAUCCGCCGGAACGAUGGAAUGGGCCCUCUCUCUCCUCCUCAACCACCCCUACGCCCUCCGCAAAGCCCAAGCCGAGAUCGACGACCGUGUCGGCCACGACCGCCUACUCGACGAGGCCGACAUCGCCGAUCUCCCGUACCUCCGGUGCAUCAUCAACGAGACGCUCCGCAUGUUCCCGGCCGGCCCACUGCUGAUCCCCCACGAAUCAUCCGGCGAGUGCGUUGUCGGCGGGUACCGCGUCCCCGCUGGCACGAUGCUGCUGGUGAACGCGUGGGCCAUGCACAAUGACCCCCAGAACUGGGACGAGCCCCGCGAGUUUCGGCCGGAGCGGUUCGAGAAGCUCGACGGCUACCGGGACGGAUUCCGGCUGAUGCCGUUCGGGGCCGGGAGGCGCGGCUGCCCUGGCGAGCCCCUCGCCGUGCGUAUGGUGGCGCUCGGGUUGGGCACGCUUAUUCAGUGCUUUGAUUGGGAGAGGCCCGGGAAGGAGCUGGUCGAUAUGACCGAGGGUGCCGGGUUGUCGAUGCCGAGGGCGACGCCAUUGAUGGCGUAUUGCAAAGCCCGGCCUGUAGCGGCCGGACUUCUGGCUAGUAUUUAAAAAGGAAUGUUGGGAAUAAUAAUAUAUGUAGCACUUAAAGAUGAAACACAUUUUAAUUGAUAAAUUUUAGUAUUAAUAGGUCGAGAGUUCAAGUCAUCUAAAGUGAGUAAGGGUAUAUAUGUAUGCAAUUUGCCGAUUUUCCAUUUAGUUUAUGUAUUUAUGUGUGAUUAUUUAUUUUUA